UAAGGUUUGUGCUUUUAAAAAAGUUUUAAAAAGAGGUUUUGAGUUCUCCUUGGUGCUCUUUUACAUCUCUCUUUCGAGUUUCUUUUUGCUCGAAGCCAAAAUUUCCAGUUUCAUUUCAUUCAGAUUUAUCAAACCCACUAUCCCUAAAUUUCACUUUCUAUUUGCCUCCAAAUUUCUCUUUAGGUUUGCCCCCGGAAUUUCACGCGUUGGUUCGAAACCUAAGCUGCAUUCAUCAAACCUAAUCGUUAUGAGCAGAGUCGUUGUUGCGUUCUCUUCUCCGUCAUUGGUCGUCGGGCAAGGUUCAUCAAAUGCGAUCGCCGGCAAAGGUUCAGGAAACCAGUACGCAAGCCCUAUCUUCUUCAAGAAACCAGUAUGCUCGCGGCCAGGUUUAAUCAAAGCUAGGCGUUUUGUUGAUCUACUAAGAAGAAGAUUGGUUCGUUCUUGUCUUUCAUAUUUUUCUAGUUUGACAAAAAAGCUGGAAGCUUGAAGAAAGAGCUGGCAAGAGAUCACCCAGAGCUAGAGGAAAUGCGGAAAAGGAAGUUUGAGCAUAGAAAUCAAUUUAUAGAAGUCCAAGAACAGAUUCAAAGUAUCUCAACUGAGAUUUGUAGUACAGAGAAUAUAUUACAGCUGUUGUAGAUGAAACUGAUUUGUCAUUGAGAAAGCUUGAAGAAUUGCAUAGAGAUCUCGUUGCACUUCAGAAAGAGAAGGUGAAAAUUGGACUUCAAGUUCUUACUCGCCCUUUGCCUGAACAAUUACCUACAGUUUAUAGGACCCUUGGAGAGAAUUUUAAUGAAAGGGUUUUGCCUUCAAUAAUACAUGAAACUUUGAAAGUUGUGGUUGCCCAAUAAAAUGCCAGCCAGCUAAUUACUAGCGAGAGGUAAGGCACAAACCUUGUCUAUAUGAUGCAUGGAAGCUCUAAUAUAUAUUUAAUAGAGAUUUCUAGUUGCUGACAUGAUGGAAAAAUAUGAAUUUAUUUUUUGUCUAUAUGAUGGGGCUUGGGAGGAAGGUUUGCCUAAGGGAAAUGGCACAUUCAGGUGGAGUGAUGGGAGUUUCUAUGUUGGGGUUUGGAGUCAAGAUCCAGAGGAACAAAGUGGAACUUAUUAUCCUUCUAAAUCUUCUUCUGAAAGUCCUAUGGAUUGGGAUCCUCAGAAUCUGUACACAAUGGAUUUAGUGCCAUGGAAGCUCGUUCCAUUUCUACUAGAACCAGUUACGAGGUUGAGGAUAAAGAAUCCUAAGAGACAAGGAAAGACCAUAUCCAAAGGCCACAAGAAUUAUGAGCUUAUGUUGAAUCUGCAGCUAGUACGUGGGAAUGAUGCCCUUCGAGAGCUCUCAUCCCUUGGGAAAAAUGGAAGCCUUUUCUAUUUGACAAACGACAUGAUAAAGACCAUGAGAAAAGCUGAAGUAAAGGGUGAAGCAAAAAGUGCCCAACUGAUUGGACAAGCUAUUGCCAACAAUCCAACAUUUAUCAUACUGAGGAAGAUAGAAGCUGCAAUAGAGAUUGUACAUACAAUAUCAAACGCUACAAACAAAGUUUCCUUGAACUCUGUUGUUGUUGAAUAUUGA